UGAGUGAGAGAGAGAGAGAUCGGGGGUAUGAGCUGAGAAUAAUAGCGAGCUUCGUGGCGACGGAGCCAGAAGUGUCCAGUUAUUAGCAUGCUGGUCUGGUCACCGAGGCCCUGCUGCCUUUCUGCUUUAACACAGUCAGACUUUGGGCCUGCUGUUGGCUGGCACCAUCUUGAACCCUGCAGGAGAUACAUCAACAAAAACUUAUCCACAGAAAAUCUCAGGAAAUGGCUGCAUUCAUGAGGAUGACAUGUUUGCUUUGAAGCAACAAUUGGAGGGAAAAGACCAGCUUCUUUUUAAACUCUGGUUUUAUAAAUCUUCAGCUUUGGAAACAGACUUGGCAGAUUUCUGAACAUCUUCCCUCUCUUGGCGGUAUCCUGGUGACUACAGUGGCUUUCUAACUGUCAAAGGGAAAAAGUCUCUCGGGGACAAAAGAAACACUUUAACCUUCCUCAUCCCUCGGUGCUCAGCAUUCCUGAGCAGAGCAGAGCAGAAGGAUCCUCGUCCUCUCAACAGCAACACCACAGGAUCCGAAAAAUCACUGUAAAGAUGCUGAAUCUGAACUCACGGGUCGACAACAGCAACAGGAACUCUCUCCAGGACCCGGUGUCACUGAACGUAGGUGGAGAAAUUUACACCACUACCCUGGGAACUCUGACACGCUGUCAGGACUCAAUGCUGGGCGCUAUGUUCAAUGGACAGAUCCCUGUGCUCAGGGAUAACAGAGGAAACGUAUUCAUAGAUCGUGAUGGGAAAGUGUUCAGGUACAUCCUGAAUUACCUGCGCUCCAGCUCUCUGGACCUGCCGGAUGGCUUUUCAGAACUGGCACUGCUACGGAGAGAGGCUGACUUCUUCCAGAUACGCCCACUGCUGGAGGAGAUUCACCAAUAUGAAGCAAAAGUGCCGCUCAGCCUCAGAGGGGGGCCGCUGGGAGCCAUGAUCGUGGUGAAGGUAGACUCCAAGGUCCGAGUUCUCCACUUUAACUUACGCCACGGGCCAGAAAACUAUGAGCUCCGCACAUGCUCAGUGCGAGCCUUCUCAGUUGACCUCUUUUGCACCUGGACAGCCUUCCUGGCUCUGCUUUGCGAGCACUUCUCCUACAGAACAUCUCAGGGGGUCACGAGCCCCCAUCCGUGCAACCCCAGGCAGAGCAGGCUGAAGCUGGAUUGGGUGCCAAGACCCGAGGACCUCCCACAGGAGCAGUAUGACAAGCAGCGCUACCGAGGCCUGACUGUCUCUAACCCGCCUGAGGUCAACCACUCAGAUGACAUCAUGAUCCGGCACUGGAGCCCCUGCGAGAUCACCGACAUGCAGGGGUUUAUGGAGGAGCUGCUGAAGGUGUCUCUGGCUGAAGGAUUCAAGGUUGAUCUGGUGAUUCCUGAUCCAGCUGAAGUUCUUUGCUGUUCCUCUCUGCGGCUGGUCAAGUCCUGAGCUCUGGAUUGAACAAACCAAAAGCACUUGAAGAGGACAAAUUGAUGAACUACGGAUGGUCCUACAGUUGUCCUUAGGGAUCUAGUUCUUGAAUCUAAUCUUUAUGAGUUAAAAUUUUAUGUGAUAUAAAAAUAAGAAAUAAUUGAUCAAAUUUUAGAUUAAGGUCUUGAAACAUUCCAUAUUAGGGCCCUUUUACUGGUCUCCUGUCAUAGCAUAAACUAAAAUGUAAAAAUAGCCUGUAUUAAUGUGAAUAUUUUGUAUAAUUGCUGACAUUUUUUGGGAUAUCUUUCUUUUUCAGACUUGUAAUCUAAAAUAUUGCUGUCUCUAUUCAUAAGUUAAAGUUGUGUCUGUUGCAGAAAUGUUGUUGUGUGAACCUGUAGAUGGGAAUGCUUUAAAAACAGAAGCAACACAGUGAUAGUCCUGAUCUCUUGUGGAUAAUACACCAACUAUUGACAAGUACCUCAUACAACCACACCUCAAAACAAGCUAUCCCUUCAACAUGUACAGUAUGAGCAUGUAACUGUUGAAACUUUGGUUGUGUUUAAAAACUUACAAUAACACUUAAGAAUGUGAAUGAUUUAGUGGACUACACGAUUAAAUAUUGUUACCCUCACUAGUUGACGCCAGAAUUACUAGGCGUUUAAACAAGUUAAUAAUAUUUAAGUUCUAUGAACCUGAAAUGGGGCCAUAUAUCUGAGCUGUAGCGCAGCCACUCCCCACGGAGCGGCUACUAGUGGUUGUAAAUAAUCAAAGAUUACACAGAGCAUGGCACAGUUUGCUGCAUUUUGAUUCAGAAAAUGGAGAUAAAGUUGUAUGAAGGCUGGAUAACUGGAGUGAUACAUAAUGAACACAGGCAAGAGGAUGUUAACCUGCAAGGGGGACUGAAGGCUGGUGGUGCUAGCUCUGCUAGCUGUAGCCACACUGCAGACCAGCUUGACAUUGUCUACCUGCAGACUCUGUGAUCCUUUGUCCAGCAGUGUUAAAUAUAUUGUGCUCAAUUUUGACUGUUCUUCUCCGAAUGUUUUCUCACCUUUAGAGCAGUCAGAAUUUUAAAUUUCUGUUUAAACAACUGGCCUAUUAGUUACUAUGUAACAUCCCAAAUGAAGAUAUUGUUGCGAUAUUAAUGUAAAUCUAAAAAAACAAAACGAAAUCAGUCAAAUUAAGGAUAGACAAGACAAGGGUGGGGUGACACCUUACUUCAUAAACUUUACUAAGAAACGCAACUGACUUAAAUACAUGAUCCAUUUCUAAUGAAGCUCAAAGUUAUGUUUUAUCCGUGUCACCAGCCCCGUAAACAAAAACUCAGCAUCUUCUUCUGCUUGUGAUUCUACAUUACACAUGGUCCACAAACAGGUGCUGGUUAAGUACCUUGCUUUCAUCUGGCAUCUCCUCUGACAUGUUUUGCUCUACAGUAGAAGCCACUCACUGUGGUAUUGGCUCGCUGGUUACUGAGUCCUCUUCUUCUGCUGCUUCUUCUUUUUUAUAGCGUGUUGCAGCCAGCCUGAUGAAUCACUACUGUCCCUACAAGAACCAAUUGUCUGCACAAUAUUACAGUUUGCUUAUUUUUAGCACAAUAACAAUAUUUUAUCUUUUUAAAAGACAGUUAUUGCGACACUGCGAUAUAUUGCGACAGCCCUAUUUGACAACAGUGACUCUGUUACUUCUGUAUUUGCACUACAAUUUUAGGUUUUAAUCAUUGGACUUGAACUUGUACAUUUGGAACAUUUGGGUCUUCAGGUCUGAUCUUUAAUGGUGGGUCUGUUGGAGCUGUCUGGCUCUGUGGGACAUUCCUCCUGAUGUGUAGCUUCUUUUGUAGGAGAUAGAGCUGUAAAUGUGACCACUACUGUUUUAACUCCUACAUAUUAAGUUUUGCUGAAUUGUCAAUAUAGAUGUCAUUUAUGGAGAGAUAACAACAGACUUAGUUAAUGACUAACGUCUUCUUUGUUCAAAUUUUCCACCUACUAAAUACAAUUUUCACCCACACAAAACAUACAUCUACCUAAACAUGGUGCUUCAUGACUAGCUGAACUGACCGUGCUUCCUUGUUGGAGGGGUGUAUCCGUUUGGCCUUUGACUGCCUCGCAGAGGGAACGAGAUGAGUUAUGGUCUCAGUGUGUAAUUUUAGUCUGGAGGAAGCUGUAGUAAAGGAAGUUUGGAGGAGGAAAAGCAGUGUCUUGGCUGAAGAGGAAAGGUGUCUGGUUGCAGAAACAAUCCCAGCAGUUCUUUCCUCCUGCUCCCUCUUUGAACUUCCUUUGUUCGAUUGUGAGGAUGUGAUGGGCUGGAUUAAUUCUUAACCCUGAAUCUGAACAGACAGUCAGAUUAUAACGUUUUAAAUCAUGCACAGGGGACAAAAGUAUCCUUGUUUACAACCAUAACAUUAUAUUUGAGGAUUUCUUUGGAUUAAUUGGUGGAAAUUCUCUGGUUUACUCAUUGUGGGUUUUUACAUGUUUGUUUAUUUGUCCUCAACAGGAGCGUUACAGUGGAAACCCGACUUUCUAUGUCACAACUCCUUCAGAGGGAGCUCGGGCUCUCAGUCUGUCCUGAUGUUUGUCUGCACAUAUCUGCUACAAGACCGCGACAGGUUCAUUCCUCUAAUCAGGCUUUUCUAUCUGAUUCUUUUAUAUUUUUUGCUACUAAAGGUACAUGUUUUCAUGCAGACUGGAUAUCAUUAAAAAGCUUUUUUAAUGAGUGAAGUGCCUUUACAGUAAAACUGUAUCGUCUGCAUAACUUGUAGCGACUGUUCGUAAAAUCAUGGUCUUCCUGUAUUUGGGAAACAGAGGUUAAAGUUCAAAUCAUGUUCAAAUGGCUUCCAUGUAAUAAAUCAAGUUGUUUAGAAAUUGUGACACUUUUUAUUAAACUUUUGACAACAUGACA